AUGAAUUUCAAUAGGGCAGAAACUGAGCCUCAUCAGCCUCAUUAUAUAAAAUUAUGGGAUGUCCGAGGUAUGAGCCGUGGCAAUUCUUUCUUUGAGAUAUGCAACUCUCCUUCUGGAGAACUCGAACUAGUUGAUAAGCUUGAACAAGUGGGAGAGAGGUUGGCUUUAAGUGAGGAGGACGUGGAAGCUGCUGGACUUCUAAAGGACUCACGAAGUCUUAAAGAGUACAUUAUACUUCGAGACAAGCUGCGGUCCGAAGUCCCUGAUCCUCUUCAGUUUGAUAGCAAGACUGAUCUUCAUCUCGGAAGUGCUGCAAUUGCCGGCGCUAAAGUCCUUGUUGACGAACAGCGAACCACACGGUCUAUGAGUAAGAAGCUUGUAGAGCAGUGCGGCAGUAAUGAAGAAAAUUUUCUAUAUAAUGGUAUAAAGAAUCGGGACAGGGAUCUGAAGUGCGCAGAGCAAAUAGCAAAGCUGAGAAAAUCUGCUGUAUUAGAAAGUCUUGUUGAUUUCCAGAAACAAAUUGAUUUCAAAGGGAAAGUUCUGAAACAUGUUGCUAACAGAGCCUAUGAGAAAGUACUUGGUAGAUCAAAGUCGGAUUCCCGAGCUAAUCGGCUAGGACGUCCAAAACCUCUGAGAGUUUUUCAUAGAUUCGUCAUGAAGACACCACGUUUUAUAAGAAGUACAAAGGAAAUCAAUCCGCUGGAUGACGAGCAGAUCCUUGAUUCCUACGCUAUACAAGUUGCGUCGGAAGCAACGAGAUAUUCCAGGCGAAAAAGUUUUGGCACAGUUCCGUUUAAUAGAGCACUUCUGGAUGAAGAGGAUUAA